AUGAUCGGAGCACUGGGCAAGAUCCUAGAUGAAGUCCAAUUCGGACCAUAUAAGCGGAAGGUGAAAAAGUAUCUCGAUGAAGCCAGAGCAGACUCGGUCCUCGAAGAUCUCAAAAAAGCACUUGCGCCGAGGCUUAGGGGGGUUAAGAGUCUGUGGACGACAUUCGACACCUACUGCGUCGAAGACUCCUCUCAGCAGCCAUACUGGAACGACAACAGUUUCAGAAAAUACUUAGAGAAAUUGUAUCCUGAUGUCGCUAUGUCCGAGGCCUCGAUCCAGCUGCUAUGGAGAUGUUUCUACUUCUACGCCUAUCACCCGUUUCCACGCGAUACUACUGACGGAAAAUUGGAUUCGGCGGCCUUCCAGCGUGCUGUAGCUUUACUAGUCGUCCAAGGCACGGAUAUUUUGGGCACGCAGGACGGAGGUGAUUACUUCUGGCGCAACGACGAUGCUUAUUUCCGCAAAGCCAACUUCGAAAGUAUUUUCAGAAGUAUUGGCCGCCCAGAGAAUACAGACCGGCCGUCCAACCAUCUGGAUUAUGACUCAACAUCUAUUUUGGAAGCUGCCAUGGACGUAUUAGCCAUGACGCAGCCUCACACAGUAAGCUUGGCUCCGUCGCCGGAUCAGCUUCGACCUGCAGCCCAAAAGCUCCUUAGUGAAGGUGCUUCUCAGAGGCGAUAUCGGAUAGGUCGCGAAGACUUAUCGGCAUUACUGAGCUUACUGCUACGGCUGAGGCUACGCGAAGCUAAGUGGGGAUCACGCUUCCAUUUUGGUACUAUUGGAAAAGGAGAACCUGGUAAUGAAGAACUGGCUGAUGUACUGGUGAGAGGACUGGGUGGGAAUCAGGACGAGGAGUAUCUUACGUCUGGUCAAAUUAUAAUGUCAAUGGAUCUACUGCCAAGUUUGCAGCUACGAUUCCACCAGCUUUGGGCCGUUCUUUUUCAACCACCCAUGACCGCAGAUGAUAAAGCGCCAUCCCAGAUCCCCGAAGCUAUACCCAACCAUAUACUCGCAGCUAUUUCACUAUUCAUACCUCAACCCAAGAUCUCCAGCCGCUUCCAGCCAACAACACAGGACAUGCGAAUCUCUCUGGAGAACUCUAACACCCCGUCGCAGAGAUCAUAUGACCCAACAGUAACACGUCUCGUCCAGUCUCUCGCCCAAGACCCACAUCCCCAUCUCAUACUGCUUAGCAGCAACGCAACAGCAACGACACCACUCACAGUAAUGGGAGCAUACUUUCCUAGGCCGCUCUCCAACGCGGAAGCGGAGAAGCGUGAACUCGAACCCAGCACUCCGCAUUUCCUCUUCCAGCUACAGCCAAAAUUCCGACUUCUCCGAUGGAAGGGGCCUCACUUGCCCCUCACAAACAUCAUAAACACAGAAGACGACGCACCAUUGCUAGGAGCUGUUGCAGCAAGAGACGAACCACCUUUAGAGUACGCGAAAGCCUACAAGAUCGGAGACCCUGAAAGAAGAGGCGCUGGCUUGUGCAUUGAUCCAGAGACGAAGUCAGCGACGCUGACGAGCAACAUCACAGAUACCGACAGCGGCAAGGUUGUCGGGUAUAAGCCGGUGUACAUGACUGGUAACAAUAAUGACAUAACAGCUGAUAGCAACUGGGAGGUAGCUGUCAAGAUCGACUAUUUCGAGAUCUUCCGCGUGAAGGGUGGUACAGAUGCGCAUGUUGUUUCUGAGGGAGCAAAGGAUCAGAAUCGAUACGCACAGGAUGCAACAGAAGAGAGGAUCAAAGGCGAGGAAUUAUCGAAACGGAUCCAGGGGUUUGGCUCUACCUCGUGUUAG